AUGUGGCCCCCGGGUCUUCAUCGACCCAGGCGGGACUCCCGUCCUCCACGGCAUCGCUCAGAGUGGAGUGUCGUGUACGCCGAGAGAAAGAAACGGUGUCAGUCUGGCCGUGUUGACGCGGUGGUGGUCAGCUUCUGUGUUGGACAGGAACCAGCAGGGACCAUGGAGGAGGUUCGGGACUCUAGCAGCUGGACCACCAGGACUGGAGAACCUCACACCCACACCAAGCAGGUCCACAAAGAGUACAGCAAAUGCCUGCGUCACUCGUACUGCUGCAGCCGCGCCUCCACCGCCAGCGCCCACGGCUCCAUGAAGAACUCGGGCCUGCGCGCUAACAACCGCUACUACAGCGGCACUCAAGCUCGCCAUGCGGCGGUCCACAGACAGAGUCGGAUCCGCAGGAUGUGGAAUGACACCGUUCGGAAGCAGACGGAAUCUUCUUUCAUGGCGGGGGACAUCAACAGCACGCCCACGCUCAACAGAGCAGCCAUGGGGAACCACCUUCUGGCAAACCCCGUGUUGCAGACUCGCAGCGGGACGUCUCCUUACAACACCUUACUGGCUGACAGCUUCACCCCACCCUCACCCUCACCCUCACCCGGGGUCUUCAACUCUACCGGAACUUUCCGAGACCCGAAAAUCACAUCCAAGAACCGCGACCCCUGCGGGAUGGAGACCCUGCCUCUGAACGGCAACUUCAACAACAGCUACUCCCUGCACGGUGCUCCUGGGGGCGGGGGCAGCUGUGACUUCCUAAGCGGCGGGACCCGGGAGAGCCCCCCGCCUCUUCUCAACCCCCGCGGCUCAGAGACCCUGGGUGGCGGCGGUGGCGGAGGUGUCCGGCGCAAUCUCUCCGACGCCGCCGCCUUCGAGAAGAUGAUCAUCUCCGAGCUCGUGCACAACAACCUGAGAGGAGGGAACGCGGGAGGGGACGGAAGCCUGGCCCGGGGGCUUCGGGGAGGAGCCACGGGGGCCGGGCCGGAGACGGGCGCAAACCAAGAUGAGGACUUUGGACGGCAGCGCACCCCGCAGGAUGUGGAGCUGCUUUACAAAGCUCUGGAGGAGCCGCUGCUGUUGCAACGCGCCCAAUCGGUCCUCUACCAGAGCGACCCGGAGGAGUCGGAGAGCUACACGGCCGACCUCACUGAGAGUCUCGGCCCCAGCGGGCAGGGCGGCACCAGGGCGCCCGAUUCGCCGGCCCGUGACUCCUUAUACACGAGCAUCACCAACCUGCGAGACUCUCCCUACCCGGACAGCAGUCCCGAGCCGCUGGAGGUGGUGCCGCGAUCGGCCCAGCCCCCCGAGGAACUGUACUACAGUUCCGGGAGGCCCGCCUGGGGCUCCCGAGGGGCCCCCAUGCAGACCUUCUACCAGGCCCCGCUGCGGCGACCGAGCGGGGACCAGCAGGCUCAGGAGCCAGCCCACAACGAGGGGGACGGACAGAUGCAGCUGGUCACCAGCCUGUGACCACCGGCCCAGAGAAGAGACCGAAGGUCCUGGCGUCUCUUCGCCUCCUGCUCGUUUGGUUGCCUUUUCUUCUCUUGAGCAAACAUUCACCCCGAGGGGGGAGUCACCACUCACUUAGCUGAAGAAGCCUUUGACUAUUUAAGGAGCGUUGAUCCGAGUCCUUCCCGGUUCCUUUGGUACCUUAAGGCCAAGUCCAGCACUCUGAAUGUACCGACCCCCGCCCUUCUUUACCUUUCGGAACUUUGUUACGACAACCAAUAUCAUUUUGUAUUUGCUCCUUUGCCCUUUGGUACCAAUCGUCCUUUGAUAGCUAGCCGCCGUGGCGACGCGUGGAGUCGUGUAGGUCGCUGUUAGAAGUUCAAAAUGUCUCUUCAUUGUUGCCAAAAAAAUAUCUUUUAUUGAGCCAGACCACGGACACGGACUUUUUUCCAGAGGUGCUCGUUAUUGAACAGUUUCACCUGGAAGACAAUUCCGUGGAGUUGCCUUUGUUUCCUUUUUGGGGGGUGCCAGCCACCGCCCAGAACCUUGCCCCUGCUCCGCCUGUUUGCUAAAAAGUGACAUGACUGCCUUGCUAUGGUUUUUGCUGAGGGUGUUGCAUCCCGGGUGGGGGUCCUCCUGUGUCUGCUGUUAGAACAUAGCCAGCUGAAGUGGACUUGUUUCCUGUGUGUGGUUGUGACCCACGGCACUAUAACGCGUGUACAUAAGAACCACUUUAUUCCUAACUACCGUGUAAAUAAAUAGGGGACGCCGGUUGUUCAAGAGCGCUACGACGGAUGACUUCUUGUACUUGCAACGAAACGGAAAAAAUAAAAAUGUUUCUUUUUGGA